GGCAAGAGCCCGGUACAGUGUACGGAGUAUCUUCAGACCAUAGUAUACUGUGAACUUGCCACAUGCAUUCGGACUCAUCAUACAGCAAAGCUGGUGGAUUUUAACACAGUAUUGGAGGUUUUUUCCCAUUCAAGUGGCUCUGAUAUUUCCUUUAACUUGAUUUGAUUGAAACACCUGCUGUCCAGGAUGACACAGCGCUGUAUUUAAAUCAGGGACACCGCGGCUGACAAACUCCUGUACCCGCUGAAUAUGGCGAGCAUUCAGCCGGUGGCCACGCCGGACGACAGAGCACAUCCCCCCGGUCACAGGCAGCAUGGAGCCUCCGCCGACGCGCACGCGGGCUCCGGAACAGGUGACAUGAUGAUGAUGUCUUGCUCCGGCUCGGUGGUGAUAAACCCGUCGGUUCCGAUUCGGAAUAUCAAGAUGAAAUUCGCAGUCCUCACUGGUCUCAUUCAAGUCGGAGAGGUCAGCAAUAGAGAUAUCGUGGAAACGGUGUUGAAUCUGCUUGUUGGUGGUGAGUUUGACCUGGAGACGAAAUUUAUCAUCCAAGAUGCAGAGGGCAUCAUCUGCAUGCUGGAGCUGUUGGAGCACUGUGAGGUCACAUGUCAGGCGGAAAUCUGGAGCAUGUUCACGGCUAUACUGCGCAAGAGUGUCCGCAACCUGCAGACCAGCACUGAGGUCGACCUUAUUCAAAGACUGUUGCUCAAGAUGAGCUCGUUGGAUGACAUGAUUGCAGACCUGUUGGUGGAUAUGCUUGGAGUUCUGGCCAGCUACAGUAUUGCAGUCAAAGAACUCAAAUUGCUUUUCAGCAUGCUGCGAGGAGAAGGCGGACUGUGGCCAAGACAUGCUGUCAAACUUCUCUCUGUUCUCACUCAAAUGGCACAGAGACAUGGACCAGACACUUUCUUCAACUUUCCUGGGCGAAGUGCUGCUGCGAUUGCGUUACCUCCCAUUGCCAAAUGGCCUUACCAGAAUGGCUUCACCCUCAACACCUGGUUCCGUAUGGAUCCUCUCAACAACAUUAAUGUGGACAAAGACAAACCAUACCUUUAUUGUUUCCGAACGAGCAAAGGCAUAGGCUACUCUGCACAUUUCGUCGGUAACUGCUUGAUUGUGACAUCACUGAAAUCAAAAGGAAAGGGCUUCCAGCACUGUGUGAAAUAUGACUUUCAGCCCCGCAAGUGGUACAUGAUCAGCAUCGUUCACAUCUAUAACCGCUGGAGGAACAGUGAGAUCCGCUGUUACGUCAAUGGACAGCUCGUAUCAUAUGGUGACAUGGCUUGGCACGUCAACACCAAUGACAGCUAUGACAAAUGUUUCCUGGGUUCAUCGGAGACGGCAGACGCAAACCGAGUGUUCUGUGGGCAGCUCGGAGCCAUCUAUGUGUUCAGUGAAGCGUUAAACCCAGCUCAGAUAUUUGCCAUCCAUCAACUAGGGGCCGGAUACAAGAGCACCUUUAAGUUCAAAUCGGAGAGUGACAUCCACCUGGCUGACCAUCAUAAGCAAGUGUUGUAUGAUGGGAAAUUGGCAAACAGCAUCUCUUUCACAUAUAACGCUAAGGCCACAGAUGCUCAACUCUGCCUGGAAUCGUCACCCAGAGAAAACCCGUCUAUAUUCGUGCACUCACCCCACGCUCUAAUGCUGCAGGAUGUGAAGGCCAUCGUGACUCACUCAAUCCACAGUGCCAUUCACUCCAUUGGUGGUAUCCAGGUGCUGUUUCCUCUCUAUGCACAGCUGGACUUCUUUCAGCACAAUGAGGUUCAAGUGGAAACCACUGUUUGUUCCACUCUUCUGGCCUUCCUGAUGGAGCUGCUGAAGAGCUCUGUGGCAAUGCAAGAGCAGAUGCUUGGUGGAAAGGGCUUCCUGGUGAUUGGGUACCUCAUAGAAAAGUCAUCGCGGGUGCACAUCACCAGGGCCGUCCUGGAGCUGUUCCUCUCGUUUGCCAAAUACCUGGAUGGCCUUACCCAUGGAGCACCUCUCCUAAAACAGCUUUGUGACCAUAUUCUGUUCAAUGCUGCUAUUUGGAUCCACACACCUGCUAAGGUCCAACUCUCGCUGUACACGUACCUUUCUGCAGAGUUCAUUGGAACGGCAACCAUCUACAACACCAUCCGUCGGGUUGGGACAGUUCUGCAGAUCAUGCACAUACUGAAGUACUAUUACUGGGCUGUCAACCCUUCCCACACCAGCGGCAUCACACCCAAAGGCCUGGAUGGUCCUCGGCCCUCACAGAAUGAGAUCACCUCACUCAGAGCCUUCAUCCUGUUAUUUCUUAAACAGCUCAUACUUAAGGAUCAAGGGGUUAAGGAAGAUGAACUUCAAAGUAUUCUCAACUACCUACUAACUAUGCAUGAGGAUGAAAACCUCCAUGAUGUUCUUCAACUGCUGGUGGCCCUCAUGUCUGAGCACCCUGCCUCCUUGAUCCCUGCCUUCGACCAGAGGAAUGGCAUUCGGGUAGUAUACAAACUACUGGCCUCCAAGAGUGAAAGUAUCAGAGUACAGGCACUGAAAGUUCUGGCAUAUUUCCUCAAACACUUAGGCCACAAGAGGAAGGUGGAAAUAAUGCACACAAACAGCCUGUUCACACUUCUUGGAGAGCGACUCAUGCUACAAUCCAACACACUGUCAAUAACUACAUACAACACACUCUAUGAGAUCCUCACAGAGCAGGUGUGCACUCAGGUCGUCCAUAAACCUCAUUCCGAUCCCGACUCCACUGUGAAGAUCCAGAACCCAAUGAUUCUUAAGGUGGUGGCCACACUGCUGAAGAACUCCACACCCAGCGCAGACCUGAUGGAGGUGCGGCGGCUUUUCCUCUCUGACAUGAUCAAACUCUUCAGCAACAGCCGUGAGAACAGACGGUGUCUGCUGCAGUGUUCCGUGUGGCAGGACUGGAUGUUCUCUCUAGGAUACAUUAACCCGAAGAACUCAGAUGAGCAGAAGAUCACAGAAAUGGUUUACAACAUCUUCCGGAUACUUCUCUAUCAUGCCAUCAAGCACGAGUGGGGCGGCUGGCGUGUUUGGGUGGACACACUCUCCAUUGCCCACUCCAAAGUGACAUAUGAAGCUCACAAGGAGUAUUUGGCCAAAAUGUAUGAGGAAUACCAGCGUCAGGAAGAGGAGAACAUUAAGAAAGGGAAGAAAGGGCUUGUUAGCACUAUCUCUGGGCUUUCCACCCAGGCUUCUGCAAUCAAAGGCACUCUGGAGCUUGACCCAGACUCCCAGACCCAAACCCCUGAGAGCGAAGCAGAACCAGAGACAACAGAUACUGGGCAGAACCUCUUGUCUGAAACCAAGUGUUUGGAUGAGGAGAACCCAGCAUCAGGUGUCCCUGUUAAAGUUCACGACCUGCUGGUGGACAUCAAACCUGAGAAGGUUGAAGCUACGGAGGUGAAAAUGGAUGACAUGGACCUCUUACCUGAAACAUUAAGCAUCACAGAAAAUGGAAGCUUGGUGGAGAUGAACUCUCUCCUGGACAACGUCUAUUCAGCUGCUGUUGAGAAGUUAAACAGUGGUGUAAACAGUGUGCUGGUGCCUAAAGCCAGUUUAGAAGAAAAAAACUCAGGUCCUCUAAUCACUCUGGCAGACGAAAAAGAUGCCAUUUCUAGCAGCAACACAUUCAUCUUUGGUGCGUUGGCAACCAGCACUGGGGAGAACCUCCUGCCAGAAAUGGGACUGUCUGAACCGCUUCUGCUGUCUGGAGUGCAACCUCAGGUCCACACCAGCUCUAGUCCAGAUCUUGGGCUUCUGACCCUCAUGGCUAAGAGCUCAAAAGACUUAGACACCAACUCAGCAGCUUUGGAGGAUGACAGCUUUAAGCUGCAGCCUGCUUUGAGUGGUUUCAAUGUUUCUGAAGGGGAAAGCCUGUCUAAGUGCCCGGGGCAGUUGGAGCCGGUGGCAGCAGAGCUGUAUGUAGAGGUUCCUGGGGGAAAGAGCAGCACAGAUGUUACCAGCCCCACAUCAGACACAGAGAAAUCAGACAAUGGCAAAGACAAAGAGAUUAAGAAGAUUCAGACCACUACUACCACACAGAGUAUGCACAGUUGUUCUGGGAGUCAGUUCGACAGAGAUCUUCGGGUUGACCUUGGCUUCAGAGGCAUGCCUAUGACAGAGGAACAGCGUCGUCAGUUCAGCCCUGGUCCACGCACCACCAUGUUCCGUAUCCCUGAGUUUAAGUGGUCCCCCAUGCACCAGCGCUUACUUACAGACCUGCUCUUUGCCCUGGAGGCAGAUGUGCACAUUUGGAGAAGUCAUUCAACAAAGUCAGUAAUGGACUUUGUGAACAGCAAUGAGAAUAUAAUCUUUGUGCACAACACCAUUCACCUGAUCUCACAGAUGGUGGAUAACAUAAUCAUCGCCUGUGGAGGAAUACUUCCCCUCCUCUCCGCUGCCACCUCACCUUCUGUAAGUGUGCCAGAGUCUAAAUUGGAGGGCAUUGAGACAACACAGGGCAUGUCAUCCGAGACUGCUGUGAUCUUUCUGACCCGACUGAUGGCCAUGGUGGAUGUGCUGGUUUUUGCAAGUUCACUUAACUUCAGCGAAAUCGAAGCUGAGAAGAACAUGUCAUCGGGAGGACUGAUGAGACAGUGCCUCAGACUAGUAUGUUGUGUGGCAGUCAGGAACUGUUUAGAGUGUCGACAACGUCAGAUAAAUAGGGGUCUGAGGUCCACUCCGUCCAGCAGUAAGUCUCAGGAGGGUGUGCAGAAUGUGUCCACUACCUGCCAGACCACACUAGAAAGUUUCCAAAGCAAUAUUUCUCCUAUCAAGGACCCAGACCGACUUUUGCAAGAUGUGGAUAUCAACCGUCUGCGAGCUGCUGUCUUCCGUGACGUUGAUGACAGUAAGCAGGCCCAGUUCCUGGCUCUUGCUGUUGUGUAUUUUAUCUCUGUCCUCAUGGUAUCCAAGUACCGGGACAUCCUGGAGCCCCAGCGGGAGAUUGUCAGGUCCAUCAGCCAAUCAGGGAGAGGGAUUCGGCUGGACAUUUAUUCCCCUAGCAGCACAGAGAACCCAUCAGCCCUGUUUGAUGGCCAGAAGUAUGCCCUUAAUACAAUGGAGGAGCCACACCGGCAGACAUCCCUCCCUCAUUCUGACUCUGGCCUGGGUGACGAGCAGAUGUGCAGCAUGAUGAAUGGGGCUGAUCUUGAACUCUGUGCUGGGGGUCCAAAUGGCAUGAGUGGGCUGCUUUGCACCCUGUCCUCAGAGGACAAGUCACAGGAGAACUUGACUGAGCCAUCAAGCAUGGAGCACCUCAAACCCUCCUCCUCGAUCUCCAGUAUUAGUCAGGCCAACAAAGGGAUCAAUAUCAAAGAAAUUCUGAAAAGCCUUGUUGCAGCCCCUAUGGAGACCACAGAGAGUGGACCAGAACCCCUGCCCUACCCUGAUCACCAAGCCAUGAAGAGAGAAGCCCAAGCUAUGCUACCCAUGCAGUUCCAUUCCUUUGAUAGGAGUGUGGUGGUACAGGCCAAGAAGCCUCUGAUGGUGAACACAGUGGGGAGUUCUGGCUCCAGCAGUGCCUUGGGCUCUGGUAGUACCCCAAACAUCUUUGCUGCGGCAUCGACUACACCCAAGAGCAUGAUCAACACUACAGGAGCCACAGACACGUCAACCUCUUCCUCCUCCAGCUUUGUGAAUGGAGGAGCCACCAGUAAGAAUUUGCCCGCAGUGCAGACUGUUGCUCCCAUGCCUGAGGACACAAUGGAGAGCAUGAGGGUUUACGGCAUUACGUCGUCAUGGCAACGAAGUUGUAAAAUUGGAUAUAACUUUACACAGGAAAGUAUCACCACCAAACUGGAGCGAGCUCUGGAAAAAGUGGCUCCCUUACUGAGGGAGAUCUUUGUGGACUUUGCUCCAUUCCUCUCGCGUACUCUGCUGGGCAGUCACGGCCAAGAGCUCCUCAUAGAAGGUCUGGUGUGCAUGAAGUCAAGCACUUCAGUGGUGGAGCUAGUUAUGUUGUUAUGCUCACAGGAGUGGCAGAACUCCAUACAGAAGAACGCUGGCCUGGCUUUCAUUGAGCUUAUCAACGAGGGAAGACUUCUUUGUCAUGCCAUGAAGGAUCACAUUGUUCGGGUGGCCAAUGAAGCAGAGUUUAUCCUCAACAGACAACGAGCCGAAGAUGCCCACAAGCAUGCAGAGUUUGAGUCCAACUGUGCACAGUACGCAGCAGACAGGAAAGAGGAGGAGACGAUGUGUGAUCACCUGAUUAGUGCUGCCAAGCACCGUGAUCAUGUGACAGCCAAUCAGCUGAAACAGAAGAUCCUCAACAUCCUCACCAAUAAACAUGGAGCCUGGGGCACAGUAGCACAGAGGAGUUCCUGUCUUCUCCCCCUUUCCAGUCAGCUGCACGACUUCUGGCGUCUGGAUUACUGGGAGGACGACCUCCGGAGGAGGAGGAGAUUCGUUCGAAAUCCUUUUGGCUCCACCCACUUAGACAUCACGUGCAAAUCGCUGGAGGACUACGGCCCUGAGGAAGAGGAGGCACUGAGAGGGAGGAAGGGCUUCCGUGGCCAGGCAAUGGUCAGCCAGAACCCCGAGGCAGAGCUGAUGCUCGAGGGGGACGAUGAUACUGUCAGUCUACUGCAGGAGAAAGAGGUGGACAACUUGGCAGGCCCUGUGGUUUUGAGCACCCCGGCCCAGCUUAUUGCCCCGGUCACUGUAGCUCGUGGGACUCUCUCUAUCACUACUACGGAAAUCUACUUCGAAGUGGACGAAGAUGACCCAGCCUUCAGACGCAUUGAUGCCAAAGUGCUGGUAUACUCAGAGGGGCUUCACGGCAAGUGGAUGUUCAGUGAGAUUCGAGCUGUUUUCACCCGCAGGUUCCUGCUUCAGAACACUGCACUGGAGAUCUUUAUGGCAAACAGAAUGUCAGUUAUGUUUAACUUCCCUGAUCAGCAAACGGUGAAGAAGGUCGUCUACAGUCUUCCUCGUGUGGGUGUCGGCACAAGUUAUGGCCUUCCACAGGCAAGGCGAAUCUCUUUGGCUACCCCUCGGCAGCUCUUCAAGUCUUCUAACAUGACUCAGCGCUGGCAAAGACGAGAGAUCUCAAACUUUGAGUACCUGAUGUUUCUCAAUACAAUCGCAGGACGGACGUACAAUGAUCUCAAUCAGUAUCCUGUCUUCCCUUGGGUCCUCACAAACUAUGAAUCUGAAGAGCUGGACCUCACAAUUCCCGGCAACUUCAGGGAUCUUUCAAAGCCAAUUGGAGCACUGAAUCCAAAGCGUGCUGUGUUCUACGCGGAUCGCUAUGAGUCAUGGGAUGAGGAAACUCCACCCUGCCACUACACAACUCACUAUUCCACUGCUGCCUCCACCCUCUAUUGGCUUGUCAGAAUUGAGCCCUUCACCACAUUCUUCCUCAAUGCCAACGGCAACAAGUUUGAUCACCCGAACCGCACUUUCUCCGGUGUUGCCCGCUCAUGGAGGCACUGCCAACGUGACACUGCAGAUGUGAAGGAGUUGAUCCCUGAAUUCUACUACUUACCAGAGAUGUUUGUGAACAGUAAUGGCUAUUGUCUGGGAGACAGGGAUGACGGUGUGCCUGUGUGUGACGUGGAACUACCCGCAUGGGCGAAGAAACCAGAAAACUUUGUCAGGAUAAACAGAAUGGCCCUGGAAAGCGAGUUUGUGUCGUGUCAGCUGCAUCAGUGGAUUGACCUUAUUUUUGGCUACAAGCAACGUGGACCUGAGGCGGCGCGUGCCCUCAACGUCUUUCACCACCUGACCUAUGAGGGCUCCAUCAGCCUCGACAGUCUGACCAGUGAUCCCCCACUGCGUGAGGCCACGGAGGCUCAGAUCCAGAGUGUUGGACAGACGCCAUCUCAGUUGCUUAUCGAGCCACAUCCUCCCCGUAGCUCCGCCAUGCACCUGUGUUUCCUUCCGCAGAGUCCGCUCAUGUUUAAGGAUCAGAUGCAGCAGGACGUCAUCAUGGUGCUGAAGUUUCCCUCCAACUCUCCCGUCACCCACGUAGCCACCAACACACUACCACACCUGACGCUCCCCGCCGUCGUCACUAUCACUUGUAGUCGACUCUUUGCCGUCAACCGCUGGCAUAACACAGUUGGUCUUCGAGGAGCUCCAGGAUACUCACUUGAGCAGGCCCACCACCUACCCAUUGAGAUGGACUCUCUGAUUGCAAACAAUUCAGUUACAAACAAGCGACAGAUCACUGACCUGGUUGACCAGAGCAUUCAGAUCAACACUCAGUGUUUCGUGGUGACAGCAGAUAACCGCUACAUCCUGGUGUGUGGUUUUUGGGACAAGAGUUUCCGCGUGUACUCCUCAGACACAGGCAAGCUCACACAAAUAGUAUUCGGGCACUGGGACGUGGUCACAUGUCUGGCACGCUCAGAGUCGUACAUCGGCGGUGACUGCUACAUUGUGUCGGGAUCUAGAGAUGCCACUCUGCUGCUGUGGUACUGGAGUGGACGACACCACAUAAUAGGAGACAACCCUAAUAACAGUGAUUACCCAGCUCCCCGUGCGGUUCUGACCGGUCAUGACUAUGAGGUGGUGUGUGUGUCAGUGUGUGCUGAGCUGGGAAUUGUUAUCAGUGGAGCAAAAGAGGGGCCAUGUCUUGUCCACACUAUCACUGGGGAUCUUUUGAGAGCUCUGGAGGGCCCUGACAGCUGUGUGCUCCCUCGCCUGAUCUCAGUGUCCAGUGAAGGCCACUGCAUCAUCUACUAUGACAGGGGUCAGUUCUGCAACUUCAGCAUCAACGGCAAGCUGCUGGCCCAGAUGGAAAUCAAUGACUCCACUCGUGCCAUUCUCCUGAGCAGUGAUGGGCAGAAUCUAGUGACUGGAGGAGACAGCGGGGUGGUGGAGGUUUGGCAAGCCUGUGACUUUAAGCAGCUCUACGUCUACCCAGGAUGUGACGCCGGCAUCCGAGCCAUGGACCUGUCACAUGAUCAGAGGACUCUGAUCACGGGCAUGGCGUCUGGUAGCAUCGUUGCUUUCAACAUUGAUUUUAAUCGCUGGCACUUUGAGCAUAAGAACAGGUAUUGAAAGAAAUCAGCCAAUCACAGGCAGCUGCAGCCUCAGAAAACAAUGUGCCAUUAUGGGAGGCAACUUCGCUAACGGGGCAGAACAACACAGAAGAUGCAGAAAAAAAGAAAUAACAUGAUCAAGUUGGAGAGGUCAAAACAGUUGUUUUAAAUGUUUGUAAGUGUAGUGGCAUAUACUGGAACCCUCAAAAAUGCAUUCAGAAAUGCAAAGGGAUGCUUGAAAGAUGACUAUUUCAAAUGUAAUUGAGAGAGCACAGAUGGAGGCCAGCAUAUCUUUGUUUUUCAUCACAAAUUUAAUCUUAAUAUCGUCUGAGCCAAAUAUAGGCUUGUUAAAACAGCCUCUUUCCUUGUAGUCCCGUCAUUUCAACUGUGAAAAUAAUACUUUGCAUAGAGAAACCAAUAACAGUAUUUUUAUGGGGUUUAUUUUAUACUUGCUUGCAACAUAAAACUGUCUAGUUUUUUUUAAAAGGCCCUUGGGGGAGAAAAUAAAGUAACCAAACAAUAAAUAAAUGCAUUUCCUCCAUCUGAUGCUUAGCUCAUUAUGUAAAUGCUAUAAAAUAUUUAUUUAAAAAAAAUGUGUCUGUGAGGUUGCUUUCUAAAGUAUUCAGCUUUUUAAUUGUCUGUCCAGUUUUCAUACAUUUGACAUGAAAUGCUUUUUGAUAUGAUUAAAAGUGUGAAAAGAAAAAAUGAAAAGCACUUUCGUUUACUGUGAUGUCCUGUAUUUGAAUGUAUGUUGUCAGUCUAGCCAUUUGAAGAUGGGUGAUUUGGUCUGUUGUGAAACUGGACUUCAUGAUGUAUGCAGUAUUGCAAACCUUUAAAGAAAUCCUUGGAACAUUUUGGCCUCAUGUGCUGUCUAGGAAUAUUUCAAGCACUAAAUGAGGUAAAACGCUGAUGGCGCUGGAAUAUUCCAUUUGGAGAUGUCAUUGCAAUACCAAACAUUUUUUGCUUGUGCAGUUUGGCAUUUAAAAUUAUAUAUGGUUGUUUCAAGAACAAAUCUACCAAACCAAGAUAACAGUGAUGGUUUUAGACAUGAAUUUGCACUCUUAACAUUUUUUUUUCUUACAUGUUUGGUCAUUAUACAUUUGUUUUAUUGCCUCCUGGCACCAAGAUUUUUUAAAUCUGCACUU